AACAGAUCACACAUCUUCCCACAAUCCCUCUGGCUUACAUGCACAGUGGAGACCGGCUGCCCUUACCUUCAGAAGAUUGCAAUUGUAUUGACCACGUGUGACUACCUAAGUGGGUUGUAACCAAGGGCAACAGUUAUCAAAACAAAGCAAAUGGGCUACAUCAGGACAAAGCACAGGAAGUGGGGACGGGACUUAGAAUGUGCUAUGUGCAGGAGAGACUCUGUCUGUGAGAUGGCAAUGAAACUACAAGACCUGAUGAUGGCCAUGAUCCAGAUCUACGAUAGAUACGCCAGCAGCGAUGGAGACAGAAGCUGUCUGAGCAACAAGGAGCUGGUGGACCUGGCUCAGGCGGAGUUCCCAUUGUUGUGUCAACACGAGAACAAGGAUCAGAUCCUGAAAGGAGUGAUGGGCUCCAUGGACAUGAACAAGGACAAUAAGGUCGAUUUCCAGGAGUUCUGUGUCUUCAUGUGCGCCCUGACCAUGGCCCUAAAGGACGCCAUGAAGAAGUAGAGCGUGCUGAGCCGGGGGAGACGGGACGUUUUAUAUACUGAUAAUAUCUGUUAAUAAAAUGGUUGGACUUGU